AUGGUCACCCAAUCCUUUUAUGCUAAGAAGCGUGUAAGCGGCGCAAAGCAUAUUCAGCCACCCACACGUCAACGUGCCAAGGUCGUGCUCAGCAAAGAGGCUCGCGCUGCUCUCAGACUUGACCGACGUGCAAAGUCCCUUCGAUUCAAGGAUUCUUUAGACGAUGCUUGGAAGCAGCUGGACGACGCUACCAAAACCAUCGCUACUACCCACCAUAAAAGUAUCCGGCGUGUUCAAAAUGAUUUGUACGUGGGUCGGGGGCUUCUCCGCUCGAAACGCUCAAAGCCGAAUCUAUGGAAUGCGUUUUGCUGGAAGAAGAACCAGGAUAGAGAGAACGAAGCCCACGGUAAAGCUGCACUCCAAUCACUCGUGCAUGAUCACAAGGCUGAGUACCUUGCCCUCUCGAGGGAGGAGCAAGACGAACUGCUUGCCGAGUUCACUGAAUGGAAGGAGACGAAGACUACCGGUAUUCGUACCUCAACGAAGUCGAAGAUAAACGACAUCACACAGACCUUAAAGGCGGUCGAAAACGAGCUCAUCAGUCUGCAUUGUCGUACGGGUGCAGAGUCUAUUCUCUACACUACACGUGGCUCUACCGAUCUUCCCCUUCGAGGUAUCGCAUUUUCCACCGACGGUGUCGAAAAUUUUAUGGGUACCGUCAUGGGCAUUGAUAACCAAGACUUAGUCAGUAAAAUGGAGGGUUUUGCAGUACAAGGCAUGCAAGGUUCUGCCAAAAACCACAAGAAGCGCGUCUCCGACAAACGUUCAGAAAUCCGGGAAAUUAUCAACAGAAAACUUCAAGAGGCUACUGGUGACCCCAGCGCGAAGAUGCAAUGGACUCAUUAUUUCCGCAACGUCGUUCAGCGGUACCAGGUCAUUGUGGAAGGCUGGCCCGAGAACAUUCCUUUCGCAAACCUGAGCCAAGCGUCGAGCGCACUUGCAGACCUCGAAAUGCUUUGGCGCAAGUGGGACACUAACAAAACAUACUGGAAGGCCUUGACCGACGAGGAGUUUGCGGAAUACCGCAAGGAACGCAACGACAAGCUCGAGAGCGGCGAAAUAGUUGAUCGUCGUCGCCGUCCGAGAUCUGACAGAGGAAAGAAACGGAAUAAUACAGACACGAGGAAGUCCACUGCCUCCCGUGAGCAGCACACGAGCGCGGGGAUCAGUGACAACAGCAGUAUGGAGGAAGACGAGCCAGCUACAUCAUCUUGUGAUGUUGCUGCUGCUGCUUCUGCUUUGGCUUCUCCAGACGAGUCUCUUACUAUUCCACAGCCCUCAGACGGUGCUUCUGGUUCAUUCACUGACAGUUUUGACCCUCCCCCAUUUGAUUAUGAUGCCGCGCUGUCUGAGUUAGAUAGAUUGUAUGGCCCUGUGCAGUUGAGCUCAUUGUUGUAG